CGUCUACUUGGCAUUCAGACAUGGCGUCUACACCCGUAUAUAGCUGUGUAACAACCAUUUCCAUUCCUUUGGCAAAACCUUUAGCCUAACUCUUUGCCUCUCCUACAGCACCAUGGCUCACAAAAGUUCUAAUUAUUAUCGAUCAAAGUCUCUUAAUGCCCAAUGGGAAGAUUUGAGUUGCUCGGUAAGUUAUCUUUUGAACGAGCACAAGGAACCAACGCCGAAGGCGGAAAGUCUUGGGCAGAUUAAGACAGGGCAUUGGGUGAACAGUUCAGAACGUACUCACUGUGCUGAUGGGAGCUGUCGGAAGAAAUUUACGUUAACGGAGAGAAAGCAUCACUGUAGAAGGUAUGUAAAACGCUGGCUAGCGGGCUUAAGUUCUGGCUACUACAAAAUAACGCGUUGUUAUCCUAAUAUCAGUAAUAUGGAGUCCAAUUCAAUAGAUUUAUCUUGCUUUCUUUACCAUCUGAGGAAGAGAUUGGGUAAAAUUUCCGCACAGCCCCAUACUACAUUAUGCAUUCAGCUCUUAGAUAGAGAAAACAAUGACAAAAACAAUACAUUGCCAUCGGGAAAACAGAUUUGUUUUAAAAUAGUAUGGAGCUGUGCGAAAAUUAUACCCCACACUUUUCAGAUUCCUGUUGGGGAAUGGCAGUUGUAAUAGUGGCAAUAGUUAUUAUUUUCCUCCAGGAGGGGAAGGGGGCACUCAAGUCCAUUAGGAUGGGUAAACAGAUGUAAAAACGUAUUUGAAACUCUGUUGGCAACAGGAAGUAUCUCUGAAUUUAAGAUUUGUUUCAAAACUUGCUUUUGGUUGAAUUCAAAGUUAUGUUGAUAUUUAUUGUGAUAUAUUUGUCUUUAGAUUAAUAAUGAAACAGAAUAUUAAAGUUAAUAUACCAAAAUAAAUCUCUCAACCCAUUAAACCCCAAAGAAUGACUAGCAUCUAUUUCGCAUUAUAAUAUCACCCCUGCAUCACUCAUUAAGGCCACAGGAAUAGAACAAAUGAUCACCAACUAAAGAAGCUCUUGAUUGUUAAACAAAUUCUCCUUGUCUGUACCAUAGGAAAUGUCUAGAAAACAGUAUGGGGAAUAUGCCUACUGAUGUUAGCUCAAUAAACAGCCAUCAUGAUCUCAGAUGAUUAUGAUUUCGACAAUUUUUAUAGAAUUAUUUUUAGGAUAAUUUCUAGAUUGUAGCCUUUAAAACUGUUCAUAAAGUUCAAGAUGAGAUAUUCUUAGGCUAGGAGAUAAAUUGCUCAAUUCAACUAGUUUUGUCCAUGACUGCAUCAGCUUUGCUAAUCACUCUGCAGCUAUUCUAAGAGCUUAUCAAUCUUGUGGUCUGGUCAUCUGGAGGGGAGUUGCCUUUUAUAGAAGUCUUUUCAUUAGUCAGACCACAUUGUCAACCAUGAAUCGUGGGUUCAAACUAUUUACUCUGUCCUUAAAGUGUCUUUUAAAAAUUCAAAAUAAAGCUGUUUUUGUUUACCAUACUUUUUAUUUUAAGGUGUGGGGAAGUAUUUUGUGGCAAGUGCUCUCAAUACAGGCGUCGGCUGUCAGUAUUUGGAACUCCAGAUCCAAAUGGAUUUAGCUACAGAGUAAGAAAUAAUAUUUAACUCUUAACUUUUUGUUUUUAGUAAAUUUACUUUUACUGAGAUGCUGUAACCUAAUGGUUGGUGCAAUUGAAAGAAUUUUAAACCUGUGCCAUUUUUACAGGGAAUAUUACAGAGAAUUACCCCUCCCCUCAUUUUGCUCAGGCCACUUGGGUUACUGGAUACACCACUAGUUGGAGAAGUGGUAGUGGUAACUUUAAUGAUGACUUAUAAACUGUUGCCAUGGUUCUCUCUUAUCAGGUAUGUAAAAGCUGUUUUGAUGUUGGACCACAGAGGGAUGGAGCUUUCCGCUCGUUAUGGAAAGAAUUCAACCAAUUUCGAAACCUCACGAAAUCUAGGAAAAACAACAAUGAUCAUAAAGAUGGGACUGGUCACCUUGUGACACACAUAAAAGAAGAGUUACAACGCCUUGUUGAUGGUUAUGCCAAGCACAUUGGCCAGUCAAAAUUAAAGUGCUUUGUGAGUGAAACAUUUAGCUUUGUGAAGAUCCCAGACUGGCAAAGAUCAAAACAUUGGAUGGUGAGGAGCUAAUUAAUUUUCUUAGCAACAUUAGGUGGAUAAAUAUCAUAUUUAGCAGGCAAAAGCAUUGUUGUAUGUCAGAAGAUUUUCAUCAAGUAGUGAUGUCAAGUUUGCAGUGUUUUUCCAACUUUUAUUUUAAACUUUCGUGCCACAGAAGAAUUAUGCAGGUUUAAGAGAGUGCCUCUGCAAGAGCGGUCCGGUCGAUUUGGCUUGAGACACGGAUUUCGCUCAUUUCUUGUGUGUUGUAAGACAUUCAUGUACCUAUACUAAAACCACUCAAUCAAGGAAACAGGAAGACUUGAAUGACACCGUAUCGGUUCGCUUAAGUCACGCACGCGAAAACCGAUCAAAUUCAAGGUAAAUUUUUGAAAAAGUGAGGCGUUCUUUACUGAUCCAACUAACAUAGCUAGGAAGUAAAUAAAAAUAAAGAGAUCCGAUCAAACGGAUUGUGGUUUUAGUAUAGGUACAUGAAUGUCUUACAACACACAAGAAAUGAGGGAAAUCCGUGUCUCAAGCCAAAUCGACCGGACCGCUCUUACAGAGACACUCUCUUAACUUUUGGAUUUUGCAGAUUGUCCUCUAUCUCCCAAAGCAGUUUUGUUGCAGAAAAAAAAAAUCCCCAAAAUUGAAGAUGCUGCAAAAAUUCAAUUUUAUUCCAUGAAUAAGAUUUGGUUAAGUUUCUCAAACUGUGUCUUUUAUUAAAAUGCCCAUCUUCCCUUAAAUAGACUCUUUAUUCUGAAUGCAAGUCAUUCAAAACUGAGUACAUUAUUUUGUUUAUGUUCUUUCUCUUUUCAGCCAAGCUCAUCAAGGAGCAACUGUACACUGUGUAAUAAAGCAUUUUCAGUAACUGAGACAAAGUCUCACUGCAAGUAAGUACAUAGUAUUUGUAGGUAGAAGCUCCUGUUACAUGCCAACUGACAAAACCUGUCAGCAAAUCAGGAUGAGUGGUUUUUGUCAUGUGAGAGCCAACAUACUUUGGGAGUCAUGAUGAGCCCAUCCCCCCCCCCUCCUUGUAGGCUUAAGGAGAUUUAUUUUUACUCUCCCACAUGACAUCUCUUGCAAGCCAUGGAAAGAACCAUAAUCCCAUGAUGAUAAAAGAACCUCUGGACUGAUUGAACGGACAAAACGAAGUGGCCAUAUGACAACCAAAGGUAAAUCAACAGCUAGUUAGGUGAAACAGGGAGGCCUGGGGCUAAUUAAGUUAUUCCCUUGGGAAUAUGAAAAUUAUCACCUCAGUACCCUGGUGAACUUUCACACCACCCCUCAGCUUUUGGUGGUUUUCUACGGAAUUUAUCCAUCAGUUCAUACGGAAAAACACCUUUGACCGGUUCUUGGUUUUGGUGAAUUUCAUUCUUUCAUCAGAUUGGUUGAACAGCUGGUGCAAGUUUCCGAAGCUUAUCUCGAAAUUGAUUUAACUUUUUUUGCCUUUCCAGAAUUUGUGGAUCAAUAAUAUGUUCAUUUUGUUCACAAGAAACUCUUAUCUUGUAUCCCGCGGGAGAAUCAGCUGCCGUACAGUGGUCUCUCAUCAACAUUAUUGGUUCCCCGGAUAAAGAACCAGCUGGUUGUUUGUAUCUGCGAGUCUGUAACGCUUGCCAUAGGGAAGCCGCAGAAUUGCAGGGAAAUACCGUCAUUGAUGGACCCGCUGUGGGGUCAAUAUUAGAUGAUAUAGUCAAAACCAACUCAACUCUUACACGACUUCAAGGAAAAAUAAGUGAUGUGCUCCCCAAGUAUGGGUUACUUGUCGACGCCGUUGAAGCGAAGAGUGAUUUGAAAGGAUUGGUGCCUGUUGAGAGCAGUGCAACUCAGACACUCGCCAAAUACCAUUUGGAUUUGUCUGAUUUAUUCACGCAAUUUGCAGUUGAUAUGCAAGGCCUCCGACGACUUAAACCGCAAACUAACACUCAAUUGAAGCUCGCAAAGAAUGUGACCAGCAGUAUGAUUAAUUUUUACGGUGAUAGCAUUCCAGUUUUUCGGGAGAGCAAAAAACGUUUGUUUGAAAUACUUCCAGAGGAAAUGUUGGAAAAAGUUCAAGUGAUUGUUGAUCAAAAUGCCAUCAACAGCUCGUACAUCUAUGUUAAACAGCUUGGUCUAGAAGCUUUGUUAUUGUCAGACAAACAUCAGUUCGACAACCAAGUUGCCGUAUUCUUGGCAGACUGCGAGAACGUUUGCCUUGAAGAUUUGAGGAGACAAAUUGAGGCUUGUCGAGAGGACUGGGACCAACACCAGAAACUUCUCCGCGAGCUGCUUCGAAGCAACGUCAAGGAACAUCGCUUAAUCAUUCCUUCUAAGAGACUCGCUGCGGAACGAGGUGCUAGUUAUGUUGAAGAGUACCUAUUUGAACGCUGUCUUCUCAUCGUGGCAAAGACAAUUCAUCAAUUGAAUGCCAAAACAACAGAGAAAAAGUUCUCCUCUUCCAAGAAAGCAUUGCAAAACUUGAAUGAACAGCUUACGCGUUUGCUGACAAGCAUUGGUUAAAAAUAUCAUGUUGUGAUUACAAAUUUACUAAUCAAACGAAAACGCUACAUCUGUAAGCAAGGGGAAUCGGUCCCCAAGGGAACCUCGAGUGAUGUCUGCCUCUACGCAAACAUGAAUCAUGUACCUUCUGAACGUAAAACACAUUCAAAAUUCUUUUAACUUACGUUUUUUAUUAACUCUUUUUUAUAUACAACUUUCUUGUUUAUAUGUGCCAUAGUCAUGGUCUGGCUACGCACAACACACUAUAUUCGGAACGUCUGCCAAGAGAAGAAGUACUAUAAGUUGCAAUGACUUACGAAGACAACUUUUUCUCCAUUUUUGAUAUAUUUUUAAAGCAAGAUUUUUCUUAAAAGCUGUUGUCCAUUCGUAUGUCUAAGUAUUUUCAAAAGCAGAAUAAAAAACUCCAAUGAGGUAACCC